UAAAGUUGGAUAAAAAUAAUGAAUGAAACUAAACUAAUAGUUUUAAAAGUUAAACUUUCUGUUCAGACGUUUAACAUCUUUAUGGUUUUCAUGUCUGACCUGACCUCCGGCUGUCUGCAGAGGUCAGAGGUCACGGGUCCAGCACCAGAACCGACAUCUACUUCCGGUCUGUUUCCUCUUGAAUCAGCUGUUUGUGACGCAAGUUUAAUAAAAAGCAUCAAAAACUUCUAAAGCGGUUCCGUCCAGCACCGACAGAGCCCGGUCCACGGUCUGGUGUGUGGCUGCGAGGUGGGCGUGUCUUAACGAGGACACCGUCUCACCUGAGCUGCGCGCGCUGCACACAAAGGUGAGCAGCAGCAGCUGUUGGUCUCAGCUGAACAACAGCUGGUACCGGUACCACACGGGAUGGCCAAGAAGAGCGCAUCCAGAAAGAGUCUGAAUACUCUGUUCUCCAGGAGCGAACCGGACCCGAACCCGAACCGAUCUGAGCAGCAGGAGGAGGACCAGAGGGACACGGACAGGAAGAAGUUCAAGUUCCCAAAGAUAAAGAAAAAGUCCAAGAAGACCACUUCCGGUGAGAGGUCCGCUGAUGGGAGCCACCUGGACCUCAGAGCUGCAGAUGAUGGAGAAGCUGAAAACGGAGUCUCGGUGAAAAAGUCCCCCUCCCUGUACGCCACCGCGCCCAGGUCAAAGGGAAGCGACUUCAGUUACUCCGAGUCGGACCUCCGGAAGCCCAAGCGCUUUGCCACGUUCUCCUUCGGUCUGAGGAAGAGGAAGAAGAAGGAUGAGGAGAACAUCUCAAAGAGCACGUUUGGUCUCCACAGCGCUGGCGUGGGGGAGCCAGAGGAGGGUCCUGUGGACCUCCAUCAGCUGGGCCCGGACCAGCCGGACUCUAAGUGGCCCCUCAGCGCGUCUCAGCCAGACCUGGACACCAGCGGGACCUUUGAUGUCCCGUCUCCUCCGCCUGUGGCCGCGGUCCGAUCAGAACCAUCCUUCACUUCUCCAGUCGGGGCCCGACCAGAACCUGGAGAACUUCUCAGGAACAGCUGCGUUAGAGAAGCGCCAGUCGCUCCGAUCGCUUCCAUCCCUGAACUGCAGCUGGAUGACUCAGCCUCAUCUGCAGAGAUGGAGACCGGUUCUGAUCCGAAUAUCUGCUGCAGUACUGGUGCUGACCCUAACGGGCUGGUGCCCACACAGAUCCAGGAUCAGGUCCACGUCCUGAAUCACACACCUGCUGAUGUGGAUCAGAACUCAUCUGACCUCACAUGUGCUGGGCCCGGACCCGUCCUGCCCGGACCCGACGAGCCCGGACCCGUCCUGCCUGGACCCGCCGAGCCCGGACCCGACGAGCCCGGACCCGUCCUGCCCGGACUCACCACCUCCUUGCACCUCCAUCCAGGUUCUUCCGUCCUAAAGUUCUCCUCAUCAGAUCCGGACUGGAUCCCGACCACUCCAGAUUCCAGCAGAAGUGUUUCUGGACCAGCUGGUCUGGGAUCAGCUGGUCUGAAGGAGGCCUCGGUUCUCCUGACAGAGUCGUCAAAAGCAGAACCUGUCACCAGACACCAGAGAACCCGACUCGCCAGUCAGGAGUCUGGUUCUGCUCUCAGACCAGCUGAUCAUGGAGGACCGUUGGAUCUCCUCACAGAGAGAACUGAUCCAGAACCUGCUACCUGGACCCCUCCUCUCAGACCUCAGAACACAUCAGCUGAUGUGCAGAAACCCUCUGGUACCGGUGCGCAUCGACAGACCCGACCCGGCUGUGAGGACUCGGUCUACGGGGUUCUGUACGAGUCUCUGUUCCCUCGCAGCUUUAGCUCCGAGGUUCUGACGCCUCUCCUGCACCGUCCCACCCGGCCGGCUAUGAGACCUCCUGCCUCUGAACCAGAACCAAACUCAGCUGAUCCUCCUGCGGACUCCCGCCCCCGCCUGCUGUCACAUGACUCUGCGACAGGUUUUUCCUGCUCCGGUGCUGUAGAGCUGACCGGUUCUUCUCUGGACCAAACCUCCGGUUCUCCUCAGCCGGAGCAGAGACCUCCACAGACCCAGCAAAGGUCCGAUCGGGUUCCUGACACCGAGCGGAUUGGGUCUCGUUCCGAGCCGGCGUGCUCCGGCGCCGGAGCGUCUCUGGAGGCCGAAGCUCAGGUUUCUCAGUCCAAACACAGAGUGGUCUUCGUCAAGCAGCUGGUCCCAGACGUGUCCUCGAGUCCUGCUGGUGAGAUGACUUCCCUGGACCUCCAGGAGAGACUCAGCGGGACGGAGACGUCUCCUGAGCCGCCGGGCCUGAAGGAGGGCAGCACCAGACCUCUGAGUCCAGCGUACCUGAGCGUGGGGUCAGACGAGGGCAGCCAGGUGGAGGUCUACUUCAGCGCUCAGGAAGACGACGCGGAGGACAGCCGGGACCAGGACACGUUCAGGGAAGACCAGAGACGGGACACGUGUGAGCUGCUGGGUGAGGACGGCCAGGUAGACGGAAGAGACGUGAGACGGGUCAGAGACGAGCAUCAGAGGAGCAGAACCAGCAGGGAGGAAGCAGGUCAAAGGUCAGCGGAUCAGCUGCUGCUCAGAGGAAGUUCUGACCCAGACCCGGAACCGACCAGAACACAGCCUGGAGGCGAGGGGGGGAGGGAGGAGCUACCGGCCCCACCGGUCCAACAGGUGAACAGGCUGAUGGAAUGUGACUCCGCCCCACCCUCCUCUAAAGCGCAGGAGGGGAACUGGGCCGGAGAAACCCAAGAACCUUCUGACGGAGAGCUGCAGCCUCUGGGCCCGAUUCUGGUUUCCACGGCGACCAGGAGGCCCCGUGAAACAGGAGGAGGCUCCACCGGGGAGGGGGAGGGGCUACCUGCAGCAGAGGGAGACGAGCAGGCUUCACCUGCAGUAGACACCUCAUGCGUGCUAGCAGACACACGUGUCGCAGGUGAGCCCGGCCCAGCUAGACCAGAACCUGGAGCUGCUCCUCCGAGUCGUGAGGGGGCGGGGACAAUGACUCAGAGCUCCGACAAAGACACCGCCACGCUCCAACGGGCGCCAGUCCAGUCAUCCACUCCAAAGCUCGACACGGCACAUCCCGACGGAGACGCUGCGGAGCUGCACCCAGCCGAGGACUACAGCUUCCAGUCGUCCUCGGCAGCCGAUCCAGAGGACAUGAUGAGUUCAGGUGUCAGCAGCCUGAGCACCAAGCUGACCCUGAAGGCAUCGUCUCCACCUGCAGAGGACGGAUCGAAACCUCGUGUCCAUAAAGUGUCUCUGGUCCUGGAGGGGGACCGCAGCUCCCAGCCCCCCCACGCUGAUCCCGGCUCAGAGUUCAGGUGGAAGAACAGAUUUGAGGGAGUGACUCAGUACAAACCCCAGAGACCUUCUUACUCCUCCUCCUCCUCCUCCUCCGAGUCAUUCUUCUCCUUAGACUCCUCCUCUGCUCUCCCUGAGGACACAGCUAACACACCCUUAAGCUCCUCCUCCUCUGUUGCCCCCGGCAGCAGUCUGAGUGACAGGCCUGGUUACCUGAGCCAUGGCGGCGCAGCAGAUGAGUGGAGGCGGAGCCUGGUAGGGGAGGAGCUGGCUGCUCCUGCAGGCGAAGGGGAGAGACGGACAGAGGAGGAGGCAGAGAGAGCGUCUCAGUGGGACUGGCAGCAGCUCCCGGCGUCCUCCUGCAGCUCCGACGGCUCCUCCCAGUUCAGCGGAGUGUUUGUGGCCACCCUGGUGGAGCUGGUCCCCGACCCUGCAGCUGUCUCCUCCUCCUCUCCCCCGUCCUCCCCCGAGGCCGAAUCCUCCCACCUGUCCCACAUGGACACCCUGGUGGACACUCUGAAGAGCAUGGGGCCUUCCCUGAGGCCGAGGAGCGCAGUCCUGCGAGCUCCGGCUCCGGUGCUCCUCUCGUCUCUGCCUCCUAUCGUGGAGGAUGCUCCGAGCAGCAGCCUCCUCUCUCCGCCGGGCCGCCCCCCCAGGAGCAGCGAGGAGGUGCUGAAUGGACUCUACACCCUCCCUGCUGACCUAGGACUGAAGCGGAGCAGCUCCAGAGACAGCCGGUCCCCGCGGGAGGUGAUCAAGUCCAGUCAGGAUACCAGCUCCCCGGUGCAGAACGGAACCGGACCGGCCCAGUCCACCAGCUCCCGCCUGGACAGCAGCAUCCUCUUCAGCACCUACCGCUCUUCGUCUUUGGACCAGACCGCGGAGGACGGGACCGCCAGCCGGCCUCUGUUCCGUAGCGGUUCUCUGCCAGAGACCGGAUCUCUGAGCGAGCGCCUCAGUGUGGCGCUGAAGGAACCCGGUGAGACCGGGCCUGUUCCAGAACCAACUGGAUCCCGCCUGGAGCGCCUCUCCUUCCUCAUGAACUCCCCUUCAUCCGGAUCUCUGAGUGGUUCUGAAGACUCCAGCUCUACCCGCAUAAGUCUGCCCCCCUCCCUGGGCAUCAGUUCCCCCCCCUCCAUGAACAGCCCGACCCGUUUGCUCAGCCCGACCGGCUUCAUGGACCGGCACCGGUCCUCCUCCCUCCCAGAGCCCCCCCUACCCACCGUGUUCCUCCAGGGUCCGGGGGCUCUGCAGAGGAGCCUCAGCAGCGAGGGGGGGGCGCAGAUGUCCCUGUUCAGCAGCAUGCAUGGACCCGCCCAGUACCAGAACCAGCAGGACGAACCGGACCACUGCCUGAUGUCCAAGUACCGGGCCUUCCCAGAUGCCUACCUCACUAAAGAGAAGGAGCACGGGAAGCUGAACCCUCGACCCGGAAAGAUGUACAUCUUCGACCAGCCAGGGAUGUGUGGCCAGAGGUUCGAGGUCCGUGGUGAUGUCAUCGAUGCCACGCCCUGGGAGCUGCAGGAAACCAUCUCCAUCAGGGUGGUCCGAGGGGGGUGGGUGCUGUAUGAGAAACCGGACUUCAAGGGAGAGAAGAUCGCUCUGGACGAGGGGGACAUCGAGCUCACCUGCCCCUUCGAGCAGCUGCAGAGCGGCCAGCAGGAGGAGAAUGGAGAACCGAGGGAUGAGAAGAAGAGUGAGCGGAGGUUCAUCAUCGGAUCUAUACGCCGAGCAGUCAGGGAUUACAGCGUUCCAGAAAUUUGUCUCUUCCCAGAGGAGAACGCAGAGGGAAAGAAGGUGGUGUUCCGAGACACCUCCGAGGAUGCCAGGAUCUUUGGUUUUCCUAUCAAGGCAAACUCCGUCAUCGUGAACGCUGGACUAUGGCUGGUUUUUGCUCAGCCCUUCUUCCAGGGCGUCCCGCGGAUCCUAGAGGUGGGGGGUUACCCCAGCCCUGCAGCCUGGGGGGUGGAGCAGCCUUACGUGGGCUCUCUGCAUCCUCUUAAAGUGGGAGAACCAAGAGUGGAGAACCAGGCUGAACCCAAGGUGGUAAUCUAUGAUAAACCGUACUUCACUGGGAAGUCACGGACCAUCACCUCCAACAUGAAAGACUUCAUGACCAGAACCGACCCACAGCAGACUGUCUUCAUGUACAACGUGGGCUCCAUAAGAGUUCUGGGAGGAAUCUGGGUGGGAUGUGAGAAGGAAGGUUUCCGUGGCAACCAGUACCUGCUGGAGGAGGGGGAGUACCACGACUGGAGGGUGUGGGGGGGCCGUGACUCUGAGCUGCGCUCUGUCAGGAUCAUCCAGGCAGAUCUGACUGACCCUCUGAUGGUGAUGUUCGAGCAGCCUGAGGAAGAGGAGGGCGUGACGGAGGAAAAUACCUUUGAGGUGACGGAGGCCAUUCCAGAUGUGGAGCUGUUUAACUAUAAAGCAUCCACGCGCUCCAUCCAUGUGCUUAGCGGGGCGUGGAUAGCUUACUCUCAUGUGGACUACUCUGGGAACCAGUAUAUCCUGGAGAAGGGCUUCUACAACAACUGUGCCGACUGGGGCUCCAAGGACACGCGUGUCUGCUCGGUCCAGCCCAUCUUACUGGCUCCAACAGAAGGUGUUAGCUCCAGAGACCAGAUCAUCCUGUACUCUGAGCCGGACUUUAAGGGUGAAAGCCUCCGCUUCCACCACCACCAGGGGGCGCUCCCGGACACAUUCACCACCAGGUCUUGUCGAGUGGUGGCAGGAAGCUGGGUUCUGUACGAGAACACUCAGUUCUCUGGAGACACGUACGUGCUGUCUGAAGACGACUACCCCAGUUUAGCCAGUAUGGGCUGCUCCUCCAGCUGCUCCAUCCGCUCCAUCAAACUGGUUCCCAUGACAUUGUCGGUUCCCUCCAUCUCUUUGUUUGGACUUGAGGGCCUGGAGGGCCGAGAGAUCACCGUGGACACGGAGGUGGUCAGUCUGGUGCGGGAGGGCUUCAGCAACCACAUCCUGUCAGUCAGGGUCAACAGCAGCAGCUGGGUGUUGUGUGAACACAGUAAAUACAGGGGGCGCCAGUUCUUCCUCGAACCCAUUGAGAUCACCAACUGGCCCAAGUUCAGCUCGCUGCAAACGGUCGGCUCCAUGUUCCCGGUCAGACAGAAGCGACGCUUUUUCCGAGUGAAGAACGGAGAGAGCGGCCACUUCCUGUCGGUUCAGGGCGGAGUAGAAGAGAUGAAGUCUGGUCGGGUGGUGGUGUCGCAGGAGGUGGAUCCGUCGAGCGACGUCUGGUUCUACCAGGACGGGCUGAUUAAAAACAAGAUGGCUCCUACCAUGUGCCUCCAAGUCAUGGGGAAUGUGGAGCCAGCGGCCAAGGUGGUUCUAUGGAGCGAGACCCGGCAGCCGAUCCAGACCUGGUCAGCCGAGAUGAAAGGGCCCUGCAGCAGCCUGACGUUCCCCGGGAUGGUUCUGGAUGUUAAAGGCGGCAGAUCUUACGACAAGGAGCACGUGGUGGUGAGGCCGGAGAGUGAGGACAGCCCAAGUCAGCAGUGGGAGGUCGAGCUGUUGUAGCCAUCUGCGAUGGUGGAGGUCUGAAGAGCCAGGACCAUAACGUUUCUCUGGACAUCCUGAAACAAAUGCGCUUCUGGAGGCAAGAUGCUGUGGAGCUCAAAGACUCUGGUCUUCCUGACCUGCUGCAGGAAGACCAGAGGUUGAACUGAUGUCUGCAUCGGUAAUCGCUGCGGUUCCCCGCCAUCGUCUGGUUUCUGUGAAUGUUCUGCCUGAGAACAGGAUCUCAAAGUGUUUCCAGUCUUUUAUUGUUUGUCUAUGUUCUGUGGAAACGUUGCUGAUGUGUAAACCAGGUCACACCGGGUCACAUCUGGUCACACCGGGUCACAUCUGACGACAGCAGGUCUCUCCCUGUAGUAACGUUUCUACGGAGACCUCAUUGCUACAGCCGUUUGCUCAUUUUGAAUCGUGGCUUGAAUCCACAACAGAAGCUUUUGAAAUCCAGAUAAUGAAAAUAAGAAUAUCUGUAGAAUUCUUUUACAAUUAAAAUCUUCAUCUUUUUAUUGUUUUUCACUGAUUUGGUAAAUUCCUGCAGAAAUCUAUAAAUAAAAUGUAAACUUUA